AUGUCGCGUUUCUCAAGGGUGACCCCCUCGGCGUUCUCUGUGGAGAAAGGUCGAGAGGCAGAUCCGAUAGUGCACGUAUCUGCUACUUGCGGUACGCGCCGGACCUUUCGCUGGCGUACGGGCGCGAGUAUCGAUAUCCGUACAUACGGCGCCUUUUCAAUGUCACGAAAAGGUUGCACUUGCUCGGCGACGUUCUGCCGACAUUACAUUACCUUGGGGUCGACUAGUCGCAGCUCACCGAUCACAUUUCGCAUAUCCUGCCAUCUCAUGCAGACUGUGACUUGCACCCCGACCAAUGCGUUGCCAAAGUUCAGAAUUCAGCAGAGCACUGCGGCAGUUUAUGAAUCAAUCGAGCAAGCUUUGGGCGAGCUGUUUACGUAUACUUUCGCUAGUACGGCCGACUUGGAGAUCGUAACAUCUUAUCCUUAUACACACGAGGCGACAUCGAUGAUACCGUGA